AUGAGACGACCGCCAGCAAAACUAAGCGCGGGCCGCGUCCCUCGAGUGGUGUCUCGUCCUCAUGGCGUGCUGGUCGCGCCCAUGUCGUGCGCCCGAAGUGGAGGGCCAGGGACCGCUCUCGCCAGACGAUCCAGGACACUUUCAACCCUGACCAGUGUACGAUGCCAAGCGGUUCCGUCGUUCAUUCGGUCGCAGAAUUCGACAGGCUUGCGUGCGAUCAAUGCCCAUAUGCAGAAGCGGGGGUUGGCGACCCCCGCUGACGCAGCGCACCAGAAGAGUACCCCCGAGACGCAAGUCUCGAGUGCGCCGCAAGAGGGCCCGAUGAAGGAGUACGACUUGCGAGUGGAGCAGGGUCGGUUACGUGAUGACCCGUAUCAACGAGGAAUUAUUCAAAAUCUGCAAGACCUCUUCGAGACCUUAAAAGGCUAUUCUGCGCCUCCGGUCACCCACCCCAGCGUCGCAUCUCUGGACCGCGCAAACAAAAAAUCCUUCUUUGGCUCCCUGUUUGGCUCCGGCAAGGGCAAAGCGCUCAGCUCAGGAGGAGCCCAUCAGGACCUCCCCAAGGGGCUGUACAUGUAUGGCGAUGUUGGAUGCGGCAAGACCAUGUUGAUGGACCUCUUCUAUGACACGCUCCCGCCGAACAUCAAGACCAAGGCUCGCAUUCAUUUCCACAAUUUCAUGCAGGAUGUACAUAAGCGCAUGCACGUGGUCAAGAUGAAGCAUGGAAAUGACUUUGAUGCGCUUCCGCUCGUCGCGGCUGAUAUUGCGGAGACGGCGAGUGUAUUGUGUUUUGAUGAGUUUCAGUGUACCGAUGUUGCGGACGCUAUGAUCUUGCGAAGACUCCUCGCAUUCCUCCAAUCCCACGGCGUCGUUCUCGUCACAACCUCCAACCGCCAUCCAGACGACCUCUACAAGAACGGCAUCCAGCGCGAGUCUUUUAUUCCCUGCAUCACCCUCCUCAAGACUGCCUUGACCGUCAUCAACCUCAACUCCCCCACCGAUUACCGGAAAAUCCCCCGUCCCCCGGCCGCAGUCUACCAUCACCCCCUCGGCGAAGAUGCCCAGCAACAUGCCCGCAAAUGGUUCGAGUUUCUGGGCGACCCCAUCAAUGACCCUCCUCAUGAAGCCACCCAUCUUGUCUGGGGUCGUAAGAUCCACGUCCCCCAGGCGAGUGGUAAAGCUGCGUUGUUCACCUUCCAGCAGUUGAUUGGCGCGGCCACCGGUGCAGCCGAUUAUCUGGAAUUAGUUCGACAUUAUGAUGCCUUUAUUGUCACGGAUGUUCCGGGGAUGAACUUGAAUCAACGAGAUUUGGCCCGUCGGUUGAUCACAUUUAUUGAUGCGGUUUACGAAAGCAGGGCAAAACUUGUCCUCACGACGGAAGUUCCCCUCGAAAACCUCUUCCUCUCCCACGCCGACCUUGAGAGUUCUCUCAAGACUGCCGAUGGUGGUGCUGGUGGCGACCUCUCCGACGCCAUGCGUAAUCUCAUGGACGACCUGGGCAUGUCCGAACAAACCCUGAAAAAUACCUCCAUUUUCAGCGGCGACGAGGAACGCUUUGCCUUUGCGCGGGCGCUGUCACGGUUGACGGAGAUGGGGAGUCGGGAGUGGGUUGAGCGGGGGCUCUUGGGGGUGGGCCGAAAGACGGAGGCGGAGGGGAGGCAAGAGCGAGAGGCAUGGAAGAAGACGAGGAGUCAUUGGAGUGAGGAUAAUAUGUAG